UUAUCAGUUAGGGCUGCUACAGCGCGCGCAAAAGGGUUAACAUUUAUGCACGUUCCUGCGUUCACGUCUUGUUCGUUUGUCUACUCAAAUGAAAUACGUCCCUCUCAUUUAUCAUCAGGAACUAGGAAGAUGGAAUAGACGAACGAUUUCCUGUCCUGCGGAUUGCAAGUGGAAGCCGACACUAACAAAAUAAACUGGAGACCACCGGAUCUGUCGGUAGCCUACUUAAGAGGCAAAUAAGCAAACCGGACUUUGCACUUUUCUGAUUACGCGCAGGGGCGGGUUCCUUACGACCCGUACGGACACGCAUCCAAUCCGCCAUUAUCAGAGCGUUGCCUGAUCGCCGCGCGCCUUCGCCGAGAGUCCGGAACGUCCCCCGGGGAGCAUGGCCGAGGGAUUCACCGCGCCGCGGGAGCCCACGUGCGGCGUGUGCUGCAGUCCGUGCCGCGUUCCCGUCAUGCUCUCCUGCUGGCACCCGUUCUGCCUGGGCUGCAUCGAGCGCGUCUGGUGUCAGAACCCCGGGCUGGACCACGGCUGCCCCGUCUGCCUGAAGGUGCCCUUCUCUCAGGACGAGCCCGAGGGCCACGCCCUCUCCGAGGUGCUGUGCGACUUCUGCCUGGGCGAGAGGCUGCCGGCCACCAAGACCUGCCUGACCUGCCUGGCGUCGCUGUGCGAGGCCCACCUGCAGCCCCACCUGUCCGGCGACGCCUUCCGCGGCCACCACCUGGUCCCGCCCAGCUGUGACCUCAGCGCCAGUUGCUGCGGCGACCACGCCAAGCCCCUGGAGAUGUUCUGCAAGGACUGCAGGCUGUGCGUGUGCAACGUGUGCCCCAUCCUGGGCCGGCACCAGGGCCACCGAAUCAGCGUGCUGCAGCACGAGGCCGCCGACAAACGGAAUCUGCUGAAGGUUUGUCUGAACAGGCUGAGCUGCAAGAACAAGCAGGAGAACGCCAACAUUAGCAACAUCCAGAAAGCAGCUGAGGAACUCAGGGCUGUGGCGGAGGAGACCACCACCUGGCUCUCCACGAGCUUCUCGGAGAUGCGCCUCCUGCUGGACGAGGAGGAGCGCGCGGCGAAGGCCAUGGUGGAGGAGGAGGCCAAGGCGGCGCUGGAGGUGUACGAGGACCAGGUGCAGGAGUGCCGGCAGCGCGGAGACGCCACGGACGCCUUUGCCCGCGAGGUCAACAGGAUGUACAAGCAGGACGACGGCGUGCAGCUCCUCAGGGAUUUCAUAGCGGCGGAAAAGGACCUGCAGACCCACCAGCAGCCGGCAGACCACAUACAUCCCAUCCCCAUGAAGUUUGACCACGUGCAGGGCUACAUCAGCAGCUUCCACAAGGCCCUGAAGACCGUCAUGAGGAAGCCGAUCGAACACCGCGUCAGAAACGGUCUGACGAGCAGGCCGGACGCCAAGCAGGUGCAGACCUUGAUGCACAGAACCAAGAGCACGGGAGACAAGCUGCUGUUCCUCAGAUACGCCUGCUCGCCCAUCCUGGACCCGGACACCCUGCACCCCCAGCUGCGCCUCAGUGCCUCGGGGGAGUCGGUGAGCAAGGCGUGGCUGAAGAGGUCCUGUCCCGACGGCCCGCAGCGCUUCGACCGGCUCCUGCAGGUCCUGGGCCGCGAGUCCUACUUCUCCGGCCGGCGGUACUGGGAGGUGGACCUGCGGCAGGCGCCGCUGGGCUGGUGGGUGGGCGUGGCCUACCGCUCGCUGUGCCGAAAGGGCGACUCGGAGGCGUCCCGCCUGGGCUGGAACAAGGCCUCCUGGUGCCUGAAGAGGUACGACCUGGAGUACUGGGCCUUCCACAACGGGACCCGCGUCCACGUGCUCCUGGAGGAGGACCCCGAAAGGCUGGGCGUGUUCCUGGACUACGAGGCCGGGACCCUCAGCUUCUACGACGCCCUGUUCGGCAUGCGGCACCUCUACACCUUCCAGGCCAAGUUCACCGAGCCCCUCUACCCAGCCUUCCGCCUGUGGGAGGGUCCCAUCACCCUCUGCAAGCUCACCUGACCUCCCACAAUGCCUUGCACCCGAAACAGAUUUCUCAUGUGACGAAUGCUGUUCUUUUUAAAAAGAAAAAUGGGUUUCAGUGUUUAACCACCAACUGUAUUGCACUUUUUUUGUGAUUUUUGUCAUUUCCUAUUUUAACGCACUAAAAUUGAAGUCGUGGCUGAGUGUCCAAUGACGGAAUGCCAUGGUCUUUUGCCGAUUGGAAAAUUACGCGAUUCCACGCAAGUUCCAGUGGGACAGAUUAGACUGCGUGUCAUGUGACAGCUACAUUCAAUCUUAUCCGAAUGACAACAUGAGCCAUCAAAUGCGAAACGGUCCUCCUCCAACGGGCUCAUUUCCUCACAGUGAAGACUGGAGAAGUGUUCGGUUUGAUCACCCAGAGGAAAACUUAAGAUGGCCUGCUAAUUAAAUUAGUAAAAUAUCAUAUGAAAACGCCCCCUGCCAAAAAUACUCUUCUGUUAAAGAGUAAACCCCUAAAUUAUUCAGUCAGCAUGAGUGCACUACACCCUGCCAUUGGUUGCGAGGAUAUUUCUCUUCCUACUUUUCUAUUGGUGGAUCAUAAAAUGUUGCCACUUAACCAAUUGGUGGAUAUGAAGACAUCAUCCAAUGAAAAAGCAGAUCACGUUCAGCCUAUGAUUAAAAUAAUAGCCAAAACCUCUGAGAAAAAGCAGGGAAAUCACACUAAACAAAUAACACUUACCUUUUUAAAGUUAACUUCUAAUAACCUUUGUAAUAUUUUCAUGCCAAUAACACCGUAACUUUUUAAUGUGACUUUGCUGCAUUAAAAUUUUCUGUAGUUGUUCAGUGUUCUAGACUACAAAAUCAGAGAAAUAAAACCCGAAUUGUGUAUAUUUUCCUUUAAUAAAAGUUUUUAAUCACUGGUUUCACCCAAA